UGUUCUGGUGAGCUGGAACCAGGCGUGUAAGUUUUGAGAACUAGGUGGAGAAAAAAGGGUGAAAAACAGACACACAGCUAGAAAGGGAGGGGUUUUGGGAAACGUGGUUGUGUUUUUGCUUUGUUUUGUUUUGUUUCAUUUUAAUAGGAGAGACUUGAGUUUUCGUUUCCUAAGGAAAGAGGAACCAAAGGCACAGAGAGAAGGGAUGCUGGAAAGGACCCCCGUCAGACAGGCUCUGGGCUCAGCUCUGGCUGGCGAGGACUGCCUGUGGUACCUGGACCGGAAUGGCUCCUGGCAUCCGGGCUUCAACUGCGAGUUCUUCACCUUCUGCUGCGGGACCUGCUACCAGCGGUACUGUUGCCGGGACCUGAGCCUGCUCAUCACCGAGCGGCAGCAGAAGCACUGCCUGGCCUUCAGUCCCAAGACCAUAGCGGGCAUCGCCUCGGCCGUGAUCCUCUUCGUGGCCGUGGUCGCCACCACCAUCUGCUGCUUCCUCUGCUCCUGCUGCUACCUCUACCGCCGGCGCCAGCAGCUGCAGAGCCCAUUUGAAGGAAACGCACGGGCCGGGCCUGGAGCGCGAGCGACAUCGAGUGCACUGCAUGUGCAAAAGACGUGUGCCUGCACACAGGCCCAGACCUGGACCCCAAAGCCGGCCCUGCACCCCCACAGCCUGGCUUCAUGUACCCACCCAGCGGUCCUGCACCCCAGUAUCCACUCUACCCAGCGGGACCCCCCGUCUACAACCCUGCAGCUCCUCCCCCGUACAUGCCACCCCAGCCCUCCUACCCUGGAGCCUGAGGAGCCAGCUGCGUCUCUGCCGUCCCUCAGGAGACUGAGCCUCCGCCUGGCCCCAGGGGUGGGCAGGGGCAUCUGCUCGCCAGGCCCCAGGCCCAGCCGCACCCUGAGACCUUCUGGGAACGGAGCCCCAGGGAGGAGGAACAGGAGCUGAGCUGGAACUUGGCCGUGACUGAGGGGCGGGUAGGGAGGGCCUGGGACACGCGGACUAUUUUUAUCAGGGGUGGGGGAAGGGCAGGAAAGCCUUCGUGGCCCCUGCUUUCUUCCAGCCCUUCUCCUCCCAGGACCCCGGGCCAGGAAGGCUGGGCCCCUCCUGUUUGUCUGCCGUGGACUGGGGGCUGGGGAGGCUCCACCAGCCGUGGGCAGAAGCCCCCCGGCCACCCCGCGGGCCGCGCUCCGGGGGAUUAAAGCUGUGGUGAUGUAA